AUGCUGCAAUAUCUCGAUCAUCGGCAGGGGUUUAAAUGGGCACCCCGAAGCUCUGGGCCAUUUCUCCAGGGAUCAAUUCAUAGUGAAAACGAGAAAACCUCCCCCCCCCAACGUCCCCCUCUCAACAACUGUAUCUGCCGCCCGCUGGUUUCACCACCACCUCUAUAUCAGCCACUGCUGCACAAAACAUACUCUGUGGCGUCUCUGCCCCUGGUGCCCACGUUGGAUCCUUGUUCAUCAAAUAAGUGA